AUGACUCCUUUUUGUGUUCUCUGUCUGAUAGGCAUCGUUGGUUUAAUUGAUGAUGCUGAUGAAUCAGCAGUGAACGUAUCGGAGAAUCUUAAAGCUGUGAUUCAGAAAGUUGGUUUGAAUCCCAAUGGUCUCACUUCGAUCGGUGCCGACAAUACGAAUGUCAAUAUGGGCAAUCAUCACAGCGUCUUUUCCUUAUUCGCUACGGAAAUUUGUAAUCUCAUCAAAGGAAAUUGCUAUUGCCAUAUUCUCCACAACGGUGUGAAAUGGAGUCAUCAGCGUUUGACGGUGAACAUCGAGAAAUUUCUCAUGAUGGCUUAUGCUCAUUUCUCCCGAUCGGCGAAACGAAUUGAGCAGUUGAAGAGUUAUUACGAGUUUUACGAGCAAGAUUUUCAUGUUUUAAUCCAGCACAUCAAACUUCGAUGGCUAUCGUUGUAUUCUUCGAUUGAUCGUUUACUAUUAGUCUACAAUCCGGUGAAAGAUUAUUUUACUGAUGAUUCAAACGAUGAAAUUCCCUCGGAAUUGAAACAGACAUUCGAGGCGGAAGAGACACUUUGCGUUUUGAUGUUUUUGCAUCAUAUUCUUUUCGAAAUUCAAAAGAGCAACCUUGAAUUACAAAGACAAUCGACAACUGCUGUUGAUUUAAAUCGGAUCAUAUCAACGCUUCGUUACAAGCUGAAGCAGCGCAUGGACAACUUGUUCUUUGGAAUUCAGUGCUGUCGUUUGCUGAAUCGAAUGUCACCGGAACUGGCCAGUACAUUGAAAUCUUCCUUCGUGCAGUUCAUUGAGAAAUUUCUAGAGUAUAUUGAUAAAUAUUUCUCCCAUAAUGCUGUUUUACUCGAAAUAAUUGGACGAUUUGGCAAUGGAAUCGAAGAUCUUACUUGGAAAGACGUACAGGAAUGCAUUGAAGUGACAAAGAUCGAAGGGUUGCACGAAGACAGUUUAUUCGACGAGCUGACCGAACUGAAGUUAACUUUUCAAUCAAUCAAAAUGAAACAGACGCCGAUUGCUGAUCAAAUUCGUCGUUUUAUUUCCAAUGAAACAGUGAAGACAUCCACUGAUUCGUCGAGAAUAACCUCUCGAGAAUCGACGAGCGACGAAGAGGCUGAUGAGCAAGCGACGUUGUUCAGAUCGGAUCAGCUAUGGGCGAUGUUAUUCGCCGUUCAUCCAACACCAACUCCAAACAUGAAGAAAUUAGUUUGUUUUAUUUAUUCGAUUCCUGCGAGCAACGCCUAUGUGGAGAGCGUCUUCUCCGAGAUGGAACAUUUGUUGAAUGACUUUCGUAAUCGAAUUUGGAAUAAAGAAUGUGAACGAUGCAAAGGCUUUGAAAUCCUUAUCAGUCAUGCUUCAGACGAACAAGGAAUUUUCUUUAAUAAUCAUUCAUUAUCUUCACAUAAUAUUGAUCUGAUUAAUAAUUCUGUUUUAGAAGAAAAUUUUAAUAAACUCUAUCAUGGUCAACCAUUCGGGAAUAUUUGCAAUUUCACCAUAGAAUUUCCAUGUUUUCCAAUUAAUUCUUCUCAUUUAUCAAGUUAUCCAUGUAUUAGUCUUGAAAAAGUUGGUGAUGGUCAUCCUGAUUGUGUGGGCGCCUUAGAUGAACGAAACACAGUAGAAUAUUGUAAUCAGAAAUAUAUGCUUGGAUAUGCUUUUCAAUGUUUAUCGACUAAAACUUGCAUUGUUUUUUAUGAUGUUUGUAACAGCAGAUGUCCUAAUAUUAUUGAUGAUGAACGAAUGUGCGCUGGUCUCGGAGAUUCUGAUGGGUGUAAAAAUGGUAAUGAUUUUCGAUGCUGGAAUGGAACUUGUAUUAAGAAAGGAUGGUGUAAUCAGAAGUCAGACUGUAUACAUGGAGAGGAUGAAUACUAUUGUCGAAUUCCGAAUCUUGAAAGUAAAACAAUUCAAAGUAAUUAUCGCAGUCAAAAAAGAACCAUUUUUUCGACAACUCCAAAAUACUUGAACCUACCGGUGUUUCCCUACGAAACAAAAAUAAUAUCAAACAUAAGUAUAUACAACUCUUCAAUAUCGGAAACUGUUAAAAGUAUCGAUAUAGUCAACAAUAUAUCAUCACCUAUUGCUUACAUAUGUAAUCGUGGCAUUGGUAUUUAUACAUACUAUAAUUCAAUUGUUUGCUUUUGUCCUGAACAAUAUUAUGGGGAUAAAUGUCAAUUUUAUAGUGAUCAAUUGACUUUAAUUCUUAGUUUGGAUAUUUCAAAUUCCAAAUAUCAAAUGAAUACAAAUCCAACUUUGAUAUUAAAGAUACUUGUUUUGUUCUUAUAUGAAAAUAAAACUCUUGCUAUAAAAGAAUUUCAUGUUCGACCAGCUAUUGAAAUGAAUAAUCCAAAGAAACAAAUCAUUCGUUUUCUUUAUUCUCGAACGAAUAAAUCAUUGGAAAGAAAACGACAACGAUAUUUUAAUCGAUCAAAUAUUAUUAAUGAACAUCCAUAUUCAAUUCAAAUUGAAGCUUAUGAAUUAAAUUCUAGUACAAAACCAUUGUUUAUUGAUGUAUGGAAAUAUCCAAUCUAUUUCGAUUAUCUUCCAUCAUUUCGUUUUGUUAAAAUUCUUCGUUUUAAUAACACUAACAGUAUAUACAAUUCAUGUGAAGGAUAUUAUCAAUGUCAUCAACCUUAUAAUUACAUUUCUUCUUCAUCCAAUCAAAGUUAUUGUUUCGGAAAUGCAUUAUAUCGACAAAAUUAUCGAAUUUCCGCAAAUAAAACGAAUUUAUCUACAUACUGUAUUUGUUCAGCAGAACGUUAUGGUCGUCGAUGUGAAUUAUUAUAUGAUCAAUGUAAUGAAAAUCCUUGUCAAAAUAAUGGUAGUUGUCUUCCUUCAAAUAAACGAACUGAAUAUUAUUGCGUAUGUACAAAUUUCUUCUAUGGAAAACGAUGUGAAUUAUCCAAACAAAUUGUAACUUUAUAUAUUAAUGAAAGUAUUGAACAUAAAGCGAUAGUUAUUCAAUAUUUUCGAAUAGAUCUUUUUACAUUAAAAUUAAUAUUAAUUUCUCAACGUAUUUACAAACAACUUCCUGAUCAAUUAAUCGAUUAUCAAAAUGAACUGAAAUCACCUGAUAUUAUCAUAGCUAAACAAUAUAUUGAUAUAAAUCAAGUUAAUAUUUACAUAAUGUCAUUACAAAUCAAUGCUUCAUAUCUGAAUAUUAUAACACAAAUGAAUGAAUUUAAUCGUUGUAUAAACGUUCGUAUGUUAUUUCCAAAAACUGAAGAGAAUGAAAUUCCUGAAUACAAAUAUCAUGAUCUUUGUCGAAACAAUUCCAGUUUAUUUUGUUUUUCUGAUGAUAAUUUUGUAUGUAUUUGUGAUAAGGAUCAUUAUCGUGUCGAAUGUUUUAAUUAUGAUCAUAAUCUUGAAGAAUGUUCAUUUUGUUAUUCUGGUGGACAAUGUUUAAUUGAAAAUCAUUUAAAUAAAGAUAAUUAUUAUUGUCUUUGUCCAUUAUGUCGUUCUGGUCAAUUAUGUCAAUUUAUUGAUGAUGGAUUAAGUUUUACACUUCAUUCUGCUCUACUUCGUGUUUCUUAUAUUUAUCGAAUAAUUUAUUGUUUGAUAGUUUUUCUUCUAUUUAUAAUUGGUGGAAUAACAAAUUAUGCGACAUUAAUUACAUUUAGUCAAGAAAAUUUACGAAAAACAAAUGUUGGAAUAUAUCUUUUAUCCUUUUCAAUAAUUAGUCAAUUGACUUUAUUUUCAUUAACUUUAAAAAGUUUUCAAAUCGUUUUCGCUUCUUUGAUCAAUGAUAUUUUAUGUAAAAUAAUCUCGUAUACACUUUCAACGACUCUUCGGUGUUCAUUUUGGUUAAUUAGUUGGGUGGCAAUUGUACGUGUAUUUUGUAUCUUAUUUCCUUUUUCAACUUUAUUAAAAAAUAUUCGUUUAACAAUAUUUAUUAGUUUAUUGACAUUGAUUAUCAUUGCAUUAAUGGAUAUUCAUGAAUUAUUCUUUUAUAUAAAAGAUCCAAGUGGACAAUCAGCUUGUAUUGUUAGUUAUCCAUUAACUAUCUCAAUUUAUGAACGCAUUACUGUUAUUGUUCAUUAUACAAUUCCAUUUUGUAUUCAAAUUUUAUCAAUAAGUGGAUUAAUUAUUUUGGCAGCACGUAGUCGUUCUCGUGCAACAAAUCAUUGUGAAACAUUUUUAAAAUAUCUUGAAAAACAAUUUGAAAAUCAAAAAGAAAUGUAUAUUGUUCCAUUAGUUAUUAUUUUAAGUGGUUUACCACAAUCAAUUCUUUCAUUUAGUUUUUCAUGUGUUAAUUUAUCUUUUUGGCAAAAACAUCUUUUACUUAUUUCUUAUCUUAUUGCUUAUGCACCGCAAACACUUGGUUUUGUUUUAUUUGUUUUACCAUCUACAAGUUAUUUAAAAGAAUUUCAAAAAACAAAUCUAUCGAAAAUGUUUAUUUUUCGAUUUAUUUUAAGAGAAUUAAAGAAAAAACAUUUUGCACGAACUACAACAGUAACAUAG